AUGCCACCUAAGUCUACCGCAAACGUUACCGUCCGUCGGAAGUCUCGUGUUAUCGCAGGGGCUCCUCGUCCGAUGAACGGUUCGUCGUACUCUACUGAGGAGAUAGAGAACCUUACCCCUCAGCAAGUGGCGUGGGUCAAGGAAAAUCCUGAUUUUUGGAGCGAAGGCGAGGACGAGGAGUCGGGCCAGGAGGAAUAUGAAGAUGUACCCCAACAUGGAGAGGGUCACUUCGUCGAGAAUUAUCCCCCCGAGGACUCAAAGGUCGCUGUACCGUCCUCUGCUGUGACUGGUCGUCCUGUGGCUCCGUCCGAAGAACCAGCUGUUAUUCAUUCCGAUGGAAUGGAUGUGGACAGUAAUGAUACUGUCAAGCACCCCCCUCGUCAUGACAGGUAUCGUGGUGAUACGUACCCUCGGGUCUCUGUUUUUGCGCCAACUGAUGGCGGCCCUCCUACGGGGGGGAGGAAUGCCUCUGUGGCUCCUCCGGCGGAUUUUGCUCGCCCCAAUGUUGCCGAUUACGGCCCGUUGCCUGCUCAGGUCUAUGUGACCGAUGUCACUAAGGCUAUGAAGGGUUGGAAUCGAGAGAUCGUCCCGAACUUUAGUGGAACCGACAGCAAAGAGGUCCGCAACUGGUUGAACAAACUGUCGAUUGAGUUGGCGGUGCGUUUUGUUCACCCGGGUAUCUGGCAUCAGGUUGGCAUUCGUUGCCUCGUCGGUAAAGCUCGAGAGGACUAUAAUGACGUGAUGCGUGCGGGGCGCGAUCCUCGUAGCUGGGAUGAUUUUGCGGAUUGGUUGAUUGAGCUCAACCCUGAAAUGUCUAGCAAAGCCGCUGUUGCUGCUGAAUAUGGGGCAUUACGCAUGAAACCCAACGAAACUGCGCAGACCUUCUAUAAUCGAUUUCGUGACUGGCAGGUCAAGGCCAAAAUUUAUAAUUAUUCUCAUGACCCUUGUACGGGUUUUGUGGAGCGUUUGGUUCCGGACUUGCGUUUGAGGAUCGAGGACCAGGUGGCGGCUGAGGCUAAUCGUCAAACUCCGAUGGAUUUCCCUCGGAUCGCUAGUUUCACAGUGGAUAUGGAUCGUCGUGUCAAGAUGGCAGCUGCGGAGGCUGCUAGGCGUUUCUCUGGUUCUCGUGGAGGUUUUCCUGGUCCAUCGGGCUCGAAAAAGGAGGUCGACUCCGGUGAGGGUUCGUCUGGGAAGAAAAGGUCGGAUGGAGCGGUUAGGAAUUGUUACAACUGUGGCACUCCUGGACAUAUUAGCGCUAAAUGUCCCAAUCCGAAGUCCGAUCGUCAACGUCAAUAUGAGGCUUCUGCUGGUGCCGGAAAGUCGAAGUCUUUAAAUGUGUAG